UUUGGAAAUUUUCCUCCUUCCAAGAUUCCACCAAAUAAAGUGGAUCAUCUUCUAGGCCUCUUACAUGACACCUGGUGUUCCUCAUUUGCUGAAAUUGUGUUCUCUCCUGGGAAUAUUUAUGCAAGCCAAGCAAGUAAAUGGAGGGUCAUAAAAUGUGCCACGGAGCUUCAAGAAGCUGGGAUUAAAUUCGAGAAGGCUACAGAAAGUUCCUCUUUGUUUGAUAUAAAGUUCAAAAAUGGAAUCAUGAGAAUUCAUCCAUUGCAAAUAGAUGAUGAUACAGAGUGA